AUAUAAAACGUUUACAAUUAUUAACAAUUCAUUUUUAUUUCAGAUAUAUAUCAAAUGUGAAAGAUAAUGAAGUCCUCUGGACAAACCCUCCCCCCAGGAUUGGAUGGAGAUGCAAAAUGUUAUUUGUUGGUAACAAUUGAUGAGAUUCUCUGGGUAUCUACCCCACAACCUGUCCAGGUACAACUGCUGUGGUGGGGUGAGGAGGAAUCCAAUUCUAAAACCUUUACUCCGGUUGACGUGAAAAACUUCCACAAGAGCAGUAUAGGAGACAUCCUUUAUGUUCGCUAUGAAAUCCGGACAAGUCUGCCAAAGUUUCGAAAAUAUCUUGAAGAUGCAAGUCCGCUUAAGAUAGACGUUGUUAGUUCAGAUCUGACUCCGAUAGCGUUUACUGUAGUUCAGAACCUGAAUGGUGUCACUGAGAAGGGCGGAUUGGAAGGAUACUAUCCUGUGAUUGAUCUUGAGACCAGAGAAACCGUAGCAAAUCUCCGAGUAGAAAUGAAGAUUGAACCCCUAAAGAAGAUCGGAGAAACAGAACCCCCGGAGAAAGCUAAACCCAAGAUCACAAUCAAAUCCAAACCUAGAAAGUCUAUUUCCGACGCUACGAAACCACAAAAAGUAACUUUCUCCGAUCAAACCUUGGGUUCUGCGAGUUCCAGAAAAACGCCUCUCGCGGACUCACUCGUCUCAGAGCUUCUCAAUCAGAGUCAACAACUGAGAGAGUCGAUGCGGAGCAAGAUCGAGUCAAGUUUUAAAAUCUCCGAGCGUAGGGAAUCAGAGCAGUAUCAUUUCCAACCCCAAUCCAAACUUGAAGAGAGAGGAGAAAGUUCUGAUGAAUCUCUGUAUACAGUUGAGUACUCGGAGAAGGAGGACGGAUUAUCUAAACCGGUUCCUGAGGAGCCAAGAGAAGCCGUUAAACCCGUUAUUAGAGAAUUUGUCCCUACCUGGAACCUACCAGUAGAGAGGAUGAAACAUUUAGUCAAGGUGACAAGACUGCUUUUAUAUGUUUCCUCCGUGCAGUUAAACCCCCUGGUUCUCAGAAAAAUUAUGCAGAAAGAGAAUAAAAAACUUCUCCCGAAGUUUAGAAUGAAAGAUGUUUCUUUCUUCGUAAAGUUUAAAUUCCCAGACGAAACUUCGGAGACAAGUCUUUGCUCCAGGAAACUAAAAGACAACUUUGUAGAUUUCAAUGAAAAGAAACUGUAUCCGAUACUUUUCAAUUCACAAUUGUUAGAGGACUGGUGGAACUACAAGCUAGAGUUUAAGGUGUACUCUAGAGAAUUGAACCAACGUAUCCCUUUUCUACUCGGAGAAUCAAGUAUAGGAUUGAAACAUCUUCUGUUGUUUGACAAGUACUCCUCGGGAGAUUCAUUAUCUCUCCCUCUCUACUCUUCCACAUCUUUAUUCCGUGAUCUCAAACUUCCGUUGGACAGCCAUGAAAUUAUUGGAAACGUCCAUGUUUCCUUAAAGUUUGAGUUUGGCCGAUCGGCCGUAGGUUCUAGGAUUGUUAAUCAUAAGAACAUUGGUGAAAAACCUAGUAGUUCCAAGGACCCUGAGCAAACUCUUGAAUCUAGCUCUAGUCCAGUUAAUGAAGGACGGAAUUCGGUUACAAUCAACUCUCGAACGGAAAACGAAACAGGAUUCACGGAACCGAUCCUGCUCCAGCUCCGGGUUCAGUUACCUGACUCCAACAAGGACGAAAGGUUGAUAAUCAAGCAUAGAAACCUUGAAGGGACUGUGUCCGAGGGUGAGGUCGGAGACGGACAGGAACUUGUUGUUACAACCUCUCUCUUUCUACCAGGUCAAGAAGGAAACAUUCAUAAUAGGUUGAUGUUUUCACGGUUAAACAAGAACUAUCUGGUUCUAGAGGUUUGGAAGGAUGAAUCGCUUCUCGGAGUUUCAAAGAUUCAGACGGAUAUCCUUCAUUCGGGGUUCAAACAGCUCAGGGUACCAGAGAUCAUAGAGGCGUUCAACGGUAGGGUUCCAAUCAUGGAUUUGUUUACGAAUACGUUAGUUGGAGAACUCCAGGUGUCGCUUAGAGCUGGUACAAGUAAAUAUAUACUACCGGAGCAGGAUAAGGUUGGAAACCUGAGAGGGACGGAUGAGAAAACUGACAGCGGAUCAUUUAAUCAGUCUAGUGUUGCCAUCCAAACUUCAUUCAUAGAUUACGAGGUUCCCAUUGAGGAUGAAGAAAGUAAAGAAAAGAUUUCGGAGAAUGAAAACAUGAAAACCCGGGACGCAGAGAACAAAAUGGUUGAUUCAAUCGAGAAGGAGCAAGAUAGAUCCUUGGAUGCAAACCCGGAGAAGUCCUCUGUUGAAGAGCCGUGUUUAUCCGACCACCCGGAGAAGAGAACCGAACCAACAUUCCAAGAGGACGGAGUAGAGAGAGUAGAUGUAAACUCGAAUGUUCUUCCUGGACUCCGGGUUCAGAUUGUGGUAGAAGAAGCAAGAAAUCUACCAAAUGUUAAGUCUAAAGGAAGUCGAGUAUCUCCGUGCUGCUACGUGACCCUACUAGAAGGACACCUGGAGUUGGAAACACAAAUGGUAGAAGGGAACUCCCCAACCUGGAAUUAUUCAGUUGAAACCAGAAUCCCGCAGUCAUAUGUCACAGAUCCGAGGAGGUACCUGAUUUUCAAGGUCUGGCAUCACAGGCCGGCUCCGGAUGUUUCCGAGUCCGCCGAGCGGAAACGAAAUUCUGAAUUCGAUCAGGUUCUAGGAUUUAUAGCAGUUGAUCUCACCCCCCUCCUCUCCUGCUUCCCUAGUAUCCGGGGCUGGUACAAUAUCACGGACUGGUUGGGGAAAUGCCGGGGUCAGGUGAAACUCUCCGUGACCCCCCUUGAGGACGUGAGCAGAGAGAACAUGCUGGACCAGGGGGAUCUUAAUGAGUCCCAUCAGUCAAAUUUUAAUCCUGGCAUUGAGUUUGUCACCAGCUCCGUGUAUACACACUAUCCCAGUCAUCUUGUAAACCACCCGGAGCAAAUUGUUAGGUCUCGGGACGGAUCAAACUCGUCCUGCUCCUUUGUAUCUGAGAAUCAGGACGGAGAACAGUUCUGGAAAAUUCCGGUUUUACCGAAAAACCAGGAUAAUCCUAACUUAUCUACUCUGGAGAGGACCCUGAGUAGACACCUGUCCGAUCUCAGUAACAUUACCAAGAACCUUCUCCGGGGUGACACUAGCACUAGGAGUGAUAAAACCUAUGUGAUCCAGGGUGGGAGAAACCAGGAGAACAAGGAGAACAGAACUGAAAUAUCUCUAGCUGAAGAACAGCUAAGAUUAAACCUAGACGGCUUGAGAAGCAUGAACCAACGAGGGUUGGGUGCGAACGAAAACGAAAUGAAUUCGUCCCGAACUUCCCUGCAGUCCUUGAGCGUGGAAGAACUUCCUCGGGACGAUCUUCCGAACCUAGCUGAUCUGGGACUCGUCCUUGAAGAUCUCGGACAAUAUCUCGGCGUCUCGGAAACUGAUAGAUCCAAAAUGGAGUCUCGCCAACAAUUCCUUCCAUAGAAACUAUGCAAAUUUUGCGUAUUUAUUAGUUUAUCAAUUCCUUCUUAUGAGAUUGCGCAAAUAUUGCGUAGGCAUUAGUUAACAAAUUACAAACCAACAGUCGAUCUAGUUCAAGUAAAACCGUACCUGACACAAAUCACUUAAUGAAUUUGUAAAUAUCUAUGUAAAUGU